AAUAAUCACUAUUGUUGUUCAAAAUUUCCAUUCGGAGCUGCAAAAUCUCAAAAUUGUGAGAGAGUGACAUUUCGCUGAGAGAACAUGCAGGGAAAAUCUGACUACGACGAAAACAGCAGGAGAUUCGUCAAGUGUAUGGAGGAGAGCCGCAAACAGAAGGUUGAGCUAAUGGAGUCCCUGCGCGGAAAGAACUACGAAAAUGAGCGGCUGCUGGGCGAGAAUGAAAAACUGGCUGAGGAAAAUUUGCGUUUGAAGGAGUCGCACUCCAAAUUCAGGUUGCAAAGUCAGCAGGAGCUGGCCGAAAUCGAAAAGCAGAUUUUCAAUCUCGAGAUGAUCGCCACCGAAGGGAAGAAGUUCCAAACAAAACUCGCGCUCACCGAGGACAAACUGGCCAAGCAGAGGGACUAUUUCGAGAAGCACCUGGAUCAGCGUAACCAAGAAAUUGCGAAUCUCGAGUUCAGCGUGAGCCAGCUGCAGAACAAAUUGCAGCAGCAUAUCCAAUCAGGCAAAACUACGUACGAAAAAAGACCCGAUUUGAAAGAGGCGCAGCUGAAGAGAAUUCAAGAAGCCAACAAGCAGCUGUGUAAAGAAAAAUCAGAUCUGCACGAAAGGUACCAAGCGUUGGCCUUGAAGAACGCGGAGCAGGACAAAAAAAUCGUCGAAUACUGCGAGAAGCUGCAGAAACUGGAGAGCGAGCUGAAGAUGAACAAGGAAGCCAGUCUGAUGAACCCGUCCAUCCAGUCGCAGCUCUACGAGAGGCAAAAGCGAGAGGCCAAGCUGCUGAACCGCGUUCAGGAGUUGAUGAAGGGUUCGGACGAAAAGGCCAACAAGACGAGCGAACUGCAGCAGCUGAGAAUGAGCGUCGUCAGUUUGCAAGAGCGUCUCAAGAAAACGGAGGAGCUGAACAAGGCGUUGGCGCUGACCUUCCAAGAGGCGAAGGACGUGGCCAAGGAAAGCAUCAGCAAACUGGAGAGCGAGAAAUCGCUGCUGGAAGCAGAGGUGAGGAAAACAACCGAAUUGUUCGCCGCCGAGAAAGAAGCCAGGGAGAAUUACGCUUCAGCGGCCUCAGCGAGCAAGAGUCGGUUGGAGAAAUUGCAGACCGAGUGCGGAAUACAGCGCGCGUCGAUCUUGGAGUUCAAAAGGGUUUCGGAGCAGAUGCAGGAACUGGCCGCCACGUCUAAAGCCGAGCUCGAAAAGCAGUCAGAGCUGGGCGAGCGUCUGAGGAAGGAGGCGGACACUUUGAAAAGCGAGCUCGAAUCCUGCAAAUCCGAGUGUGACGUCGUGAAGAAGGAAAGAGAGACGCUUCAGUCCGAGCUGAAAAAGGCAAAGAAUUCGGAAGCGGCGAGCGAGGCGAAAUUUGCUUCGCUGAAAGAGGCGGUGCAAAAAAAGACCUCAGCCAUCAAAAUUCAGUUUGAAGCUGCUUCGAAGGAAUUGCGCAAGUCGAAAAGCGCCGUCAGCGACUUGCAGAAAAGUCUGGACGAAACCAAGGGGUGGCUGGAAGAUACGCAACAGGAAUUGGCCGCCAAAGCUGGAGAAAACGAACAGCUGCGAUCAAAAGCUCGGGAGCACGAGCACGAGGCUAAGACUUUGACCUCUGAAAUCGAGAGGCUGAGGUUGAAAGAGGAAGAAUUAAAUGAAAAGAUCGAGACUCUCAGCACAAAUCUGCAAAAGAAGGCGGCCGAACUGGCAGAGAAAGACCGCGAAAUCGAGAAAAUCAAAGCGAAGACAGCCAGUGACGCUGACGAAGUUCUCAAAAAGGAAAAAGCCUCUCUAGAAACGGUAAUUGCGAGUUUAACCGAGAAAAAUCAACAGCUAGACGGCAAACGCGCGCAGUUGGAGGAGGAAGUGGGCAAGCUGAGGAAAAGCGAGGAAACUGUUCGGGCCAGUCUGAGCGGCCUGCAGAGCGAAAACGCCGCCCUUUCUGACUCUUGCCGGAAAAUAGCGAAGGUUUUGAACGCCAACUACCCGGGGCCAGACGUCCAAGGUGGCGACGCUGAAAAUCAUGAGUCGCCGGACGUCAUUCUGGAAAGCAUGCUCGCCGCUUACGAGUCGAAAUUGGAAGAAAAGGAUAGAAAAUUGGCUUCCCUCGCCGAGCAGCUCGAUCUGCUGAACCAGAAGAUCUACGCUUUCGGAAAAGAAGCAGGAAAAGGAGAGUCGCUUCAGGGCGAGAACGCAAAUCUGCAGCAGAAACUGAAAAUUUUAAUGGCAGACAAAAGGAGGCUGGAAACCCAGGUGGACGAGCUGACCGCGGAAAAAGAGAAAAUGAUCGAGCUGCUGUCGAUGAGCGAGUGCAAAAUCUUGGAGCUGGAGAGCGACAGGGAGCAAAGCCAGGACCACGAAGCCGUCAAGGAAAAGUUUCUCAAGGCUAAGAAGGUCAUUAAGAAGCAGAUCAACAAGAUCCAAGUGCUGGAGCAGGAGUCGAGAGAGCUCAAGUCCGUCCUGCUGACCGUCAAGAUUAAGGAGUGCGACCUUGACGACCUGAAGAAGCAGGUGGAUAGGCAGAGGAACGAGAUUAGCACGCUCAAGCUGAAGGAGCAGCAGAGAAUCGGCAAGAUGAAGCAGGCCGCGAAAAAUGCGCUGCUUGCCAACCUGUCCGCCGGGCAGACGGACCUCCACUACGAGGGCUGCAUGGAGCUGCUGAAAGGUCUGGCGGCCAAAUACGACAGCGAACCGAGGCACGCCGACAAGUUCAGCUUUUGUAAAACCCUGAUGCACAGGCUAAUCGCAGAAAGGAACCCCAAAGAGAUCGGCCAGGAAAUUGAUAGAUUCUUGAAACAGAACGCAACUUCAAAAUAAAAUCCUCCU